AUGUCCGCCCCCAAAGCCGGUCGGCAGUCUCCCGACCCCGAGAACCAGUCUGGUGCGCAGCAGCAGGACGUGCCCGGCUUGGGAAAAGUCCUUCCGGAGUAUGCGCCGCCUGAGGGGGACGAGUACUCCAAGCAGAGCUCGGAGCGGACCAAGAGCGAGUUGAAGAGUAAUCCGGUUCAUCCGCUUGAGAAGUUGGCAGUGCAUCUGGUUCCAUCUGGCAACUGGCAGAGAUCAGCCUUAAGAUUACAUGCUGCCGAACUUCGACGUAGCAGCAUGCACAUUCUGAGAGUACUAGAAAUCACCUACAAGCAACACGCAGACUAG